CUCUCCCCUCUCCCUAUAAACACCCCCCGUGCGAACCUCACUUGCAUCUCACCACACAAGCAGCACACACACAAGCUAGUCACAACUCGACCAGCACGUUUCAGCUAGCUAAGCCACCCAGGACAAUCAACAGCGAAGAUGGCCUCCCUCACCGUCUCGCAGACGACACCGGCGGCCAGCAACGCCAACAAGCAACGCGAGGGCGCGGAAAUCAUCACCGGCGCGGAGGCGUGCUACGCGCACUCCAAGGAGCUCCUUAAGGGGCUGGGGUUCCCCGGCGGGGUGAUGCCGCUGCGUGGGCUGGACGAGUGCGGGCUGGUGCGGGAGACCGGGUACGUGUGGAUGCGGCAGGGGAAGCCCUACGAGCACCACUUCCGCGCCACGGGCACCCGGGUGCGCUACGACGCCGAGGUGACGGCGUACGUGGAGGAAGGGCGGAUGAAGCGGAUGACCGGCGUCCGGAGCAAGCAGAUGAUGCUCUGGGUGCCCAUCGUCGAGAUGAGCCUCGACGGCGCCGACAAGGUCUACUUCAAGUCCAACGUCGGCAUCGGCCGCUCCUUCCCCGCCACCGCCUUCGCCGACGAGGACGACGCGCCGGCGGCCGCCGCCACCGAGGCCAACGACAAGCAUUGAUCGAUCGACGUCGCAGCUACGUAUAGUACGUGUGUGUGAUACGAAUGAUCUGCCGUGCACGCAUUGGCAUGAGUGCGUACGUGAUGCGUUGUCUCGUGCGUGGAUGCUUGUAUCUUUUCUAUUUUGCGUGUUUGCUUCUAUUAAUUGUUACCGACGUUUGCUACGUGAAUGAAUAAUCGAUGAAGUCUUUGUUACAACACAA